AUGGCUUCAACCAACAACGAAAUAGAAUACGAAUUCCUCCCAUUUAUUCGAGCCUACAAAAAUGGCCAUAUAGAAAGACUCAUGGGUACUGAUUCUAUUCCCGCCGGCAUUGAUCCGCAAACCGGUGUUUCAUCUAAAGAUGUAACGAAUAUAGUUCCCGAAACUGAAGUUUAUGUCAGAAUUUUUCUCCCCAAUCUCAGCAACAAAAGUAAAAAAAUCCCUCUUCUUUUUUACAUUCAUGGAGGAGGUUUUAUUCUAUCCACACCGGCAUUUCCUAAUUAUCAUAACUAUCUGAAUGCGCUUGUGUCUGAAUCUCAAGUUAUUGCCGUUUCGGUUCAUUACAGAAGAGCUCCUGAACACCCUCUUCCGAUUGCGUACGAAGAUUCAUGGGCUGCACUUCAAUGGGUGAUUUCGCAUUCCAAAGGCGAUGGCCCCGAGGAAUGGUUGAACAACUAUGCAGAUUUUGGACGUAUAUUUCUGUCCGGCGAGAGCGCCGGCGCUAAUAUAGUCCACAAUUUGGCAAUUGCAAUUGGGAAUUCUGAAUUAGAUUUAGGGCUAAAUAUGAACAUUCUUGGUGUUGCACUGGUUCAUCCAUACUUUUGGGGGUCGGAUCCAAUCGGGUCGGAGGCAGUGGAUCUGGAUAGGAAGGCAUUAGUGGACCGAUUGUGGCCGCUUGUGUGCCCAUCGAAUCCAGAUAACGAUGAUCCACGGGUCAACCCGUUGGCAGAGGGUGGGCCGGGCUUGACGGGUUUGGGUUGUAGGCGGGUUCUUGUCUGUGUGGCUGAGAAGGAUAUAAUGAAGGAUAGGGGUUGGUUUUAUUUUCAGGCAUUGGGUCGGAGCGGGUGGAUGGGUGUGGUUGAGAUCCAUGAAACAGAUGGAGAGGAUCAUGCUUUUCAUUUACAUGAUUUGCAAUGUGCGAAGGCCAAAGAAUUGAUUUCAAGAAUUGCUGCCUUUUUCAAUAGGGAUAUGCCUCCAAUGUUUCGUUAA